AUGGCACUCUUCUCCGUGUUCACCGUCCACUGGACGCUAUCUAUGUUACAGUUCGGAGACCUACUAUUCAGAGAGUGGACGGAGGUCCUGUCACUUGAAGAUGGCGCUGAUAUCGACGAAGAGCGGGUGUUCUUUCUAUAUAUUGACUUUGGACCGAUUGUACUGGAAUGCGUAUCAUUUGGCGUCUUCUGCACGCUUUGUGCAGUUGCCAUCUAUAUCUACGCAUGCAAAGAUACGCGCACACAACCACACCAAGUCAUGCUCAUCGCCAUACUCCUCAUGUUCACCAUCUCCUUUAUCCAUAUGGUCUUCCAAGCACGUGUCACUGUCGAUGCAUACGGUGACAUUCUUGAGGACGGAGUGUCACAACACUAUCAGCCGAGUCUUGGCGCCGACAUAGCCCAGGUUGCUCUCGUCUCGGCAAACGUUCUGUUGGGCGAUGCCAUCGUGUUGUGGCGCAUGUGCGUACUGCUAGACCAGAAAAUCUGGGCUCGGAUGAUAGCCCUGUCGCUUUUCACAUCCACCCUGUCACUGGCUAUCGUCAAUCUAGUCGAUGAGGUCAGGCAACUGACCGGGGAUGGUGCUCUCCUGGGUCUUGCUGGUCUCAGCGAUCUCGCAGCUGGGACCAUUGUCCAGGGCCUGAGCUUAGCCACCAAUGUGAUAUCAACCACGUUCAUUGGUUGGAGGGCAUGGUGCUAUCGCAGGGACAUCGCCGCGAACUUGGCUGCACUCAGCCGCCGUAGUAUGGCCGAGAAGGUCAUGACGGUACUCGUAGAGAGCGGCUUCGUGUACUGCUUUGUAUGGAUCUUGUUCAUCGUGGAUAGCAAGACCAGUGCCAUCAACCCAUCGGCAGAAUCGGGGCUGUCUACCCACUCUCUGACCGGAGGGGCCAGAUAUUUCAACCACUAUGUCGCGCAGAUCACAGGCAUAUAUCCGACUCUCAUCCUCGUCAUCGUUGCGCUCGAGCAGAGCUACCUCGAACAGACCUUCACAGAGUCAAAGCUCUCAAUCUUCGUUGCCGCGCACCGUUCGAUUGACGACUCUCGGACAGACAAUAUCACGUCCUUGUCCACUCCAGGCGCUACGCCUAGAGCACACGGUCCCGACGCGGCUGUGCGUAUAGACACCCAUACAGGAGAGAACGAGAGGUUUCCGGUUCGAGCAGCGAGAUGGAAGGAAGACGGAGGGGAAAAUGACAGGAAGACCGUUGCUUGA